ACUCCCCCUCUCUAUGGUGACGUUCGCUCCCUGUGUUAUUUCAUCAGUAAACAUCCUGCGGAUUUGAACGCGCUGUUUGGGCGGCAGGAAGGGGCGCGGCCGCCAUCUUGUUUGUUUGAGUGAGGACCUGGCAGCGGCGGAGAGGCGGAAAGGGAGGCUAAAAGCGAGCGGCGGCCGCCUCAGUGGAGACCGGAGGCCAGCACACGGCGGUAACUAAAGUGUUGGAAGAUGUUUUACGCACACUUUGUUCUGAGCAAGAGAGGGCCGCUAGCCAAAAUCUGGCUGGCGGCCCACUGGGACAAGAAACUGACCAAGGCCCACGUGUUUGAGUGCAACCUGGAGAGCAGCGUGGAGAGCAUCAUUUCCCCCAAGGUGAAGAUGGCUCUGCGUACGUCUGGUCACCUGCUCCUGGGAGUCGUGAGAAUCUAUCACAGGAAGGCCAAGUACCUCCUCGCCGACUGUAAUGAAGCCUUUAUCAAAAUAAAGAUGGCUUUUCGGCCUGGUGUGGUGGAUUUACCGGAGGAAAAUCGCGAAGCCGCAUACAAUGCCAUCACGCUGCCUGAGGAGUUCCAUGACUUUGACCAGCCUUUGCCAGAUCUUGAUGACAUUGAUGUGGCCCAGCAGUUCAGCCUGAACCAGAGUCGAGUGGAAGAAAUCACCAUGAGAGAGGAGGUUGGAAACAUUAACAUUCUUCAAGACAAUGAUUUUGGUGACUUUGGCAUGGAUGACCGAGAGAUGAUGCGAGAAGGUAGCACUUUUGAGGAUGACAUGUUGGUCAGCACCAGUGCCACUAACCUCUUAUUGGAGCCUGAACAGAACGCGAGCCAGCUGACCGAGAAGACCAACCACCUGGAGUUUGAAGAGCAGUAUAAAGAUGACAAUUUUGGAGAGGUCAAUGAUGGCGGCAUCCUGGAUGAUAAACUUUUGAGCAAUGAUGGAGGUGGUAUUUUUGACGACCCACCAGCUAUUCCAGAGGAAGGUGUUGCUCUGCCAGAGCAGCCUGCUCACGAGGUUGACCUGGAUGACGACGAUGCUGUUUCAAUGGGUGGACCAGAGAGUCCUGAUUCCAUAGAUCCUGUGGAGCCCCUGCCAACCAUGACUGACCAGACUACUUUGGUACCUAAUGAAGAGGAAGCGUUUGCACUGGAGCCUAUUGACAUUACAGUUAAGGAAACUAAAGCCAAGCGAAAAAGGAAGCUGAUCGUUGACAGUGUUAAGGAGCUGGACAGCAAGACCAUCCGUGCCCAGCUGAGUGACUACUCGGACAUAGUGACCACUCUGGACCUGGCACCCCCCACAAAGAAGCUGAUGAUGUGGAAGGAGACGGGUGGUGUGGAGAAGCUCUUCUCUCUGCCCGCUCAGCCUCUCUGGAACUCCAGACUUCUGAAGCUGUUCACCCGAUGCCUCACACCUUUGGUACCGGAUGAGCUCAGAAAGAGGAGGAAAGGUGGUGAAGCCGACAACUUAGAUGAGUUCCUUAAGGAGUUUGAAAAUCCUGACGUCCCAAGAGAGGAGAUGAGGCAGCAGGAUGUUAUUGAUCAGCCCAUAUUGGAGGAAGCUAGUAGACUACAGGAGUCCAUGAUGGAGGGAAGCAGGACUCAGCUGGAUGAGACUGUGAUGCCGCCGCCUCCACCACCACCACCUCCUCAACCACUGCAGCAGGGUGUGAAACGUGAUUCUCAACAAAUGGAACCAGAACCAUUAAUUCCUCAAGAGCCAGAGCCACAGAUCGAGAUGCCACCAGUGGAGCUUCCUCCGGAGGAGCCCCCGAAUAUCAAUGAUUUAAUUCCCGAACUCAACCUUAUUCCUGAGAAGGAAAAGGACAAAGAGGAUGAAGAGGAGGAGGAGGAGGAGGAUGCCACAGGGACCGAGCAGGACCAGGAGGAGAGGCGCUGGAACAAGAGGACCCAGCAGAUGCUGCACGGCCUUCAGAGAGUCCUUGCCAGAACUGGUGCAGAGUCCAUCAGUUUGCUUGACCUGUGUCGAAACACAAACCGGAAGCAAGCCGCAGCCAAGUUCUACAGCUUCCUCGUCCUUAAAAAGCAACAGGCGAUUGAACUUACCCAGGAGGAGCCCUACAGUGACAUCAUCGCCACGCCGGGGCCAAGGUUUCACGUGGUGUGAUCUGCUUUAACAGCAGCCAAAGCAAGCGACUUCACAACCCGUACGAACCUGUUUGCUGGAGCUUGCAUGGCAGAGCGGUGUAAUUAGGCUUCCCUGAGCGCCAUGCCGGUCAGCACCAGGUCACGUCGGUGAUCUCAUCCCUGGCUGUUCUCUUGGUUUCUGGCUGGUUUAAUAUGUACAAAGUUUGCCCCUUUUUAUUUUUUAUUUUUCCUUCCAUGUAACAUCUAUUUUUAAUGGGUUUUAAAUGUGGAUGGGUGAAUGUGAUAUAUAUUUUGUUCUUGGUCACUGACUCAUUUUACAAGUUCUUGAGGUUAAAAAAGAAAAACCAGGGUAGAGCAGUGAGGAAAUGCUGAGGACAGGGGUGUGCAGUAUUCAUGGCCGCGCUUCUUCUACCUCACGUUAUACUCACCUGGAAAAUGUUUUUUAUACUUGUCAGAUCUUGGUCACGUUUUUAUGUUCUUUGGUCGAUUGAAGUUUGCAGCAGAUAAAUCCGGUAAAAUUUUGUAUAAGAAGCUCAAACCUCAAAUUUUUGGUUUUAAAUUUCUAGACGUUUGUGAGUUUUACUCUUAUGAUCACUUUUAGGAUUGAACUUUUGCUGUUGGUUCAGCUUGUUCAUUUCUCUCCAUUUUAUGAUCACCCCAUGUUUUUGUCCACUUUUAAUAACUUUGUUCAUGUUAAGUUGAUACAAAAUGUUGGGACACUUUGUAAUAUACAAGAGAUGAUGUGUGAAGUCUUAGGAACUGCAGCCGAUGGGCUUCAUUGUUACAUUCAUGCAGAUAUAUCCUUGUGGUCAGCGGGCCAGCUUAAUCAGGUAAGAUGAGGUCUUAUAAAUCAUGGAUACAUGUGAGAAGAUAUCAAGGAAGUCUCUUAUCUGUAAUCACUGUCAGUUUACAGAAUGAUGGGGUUCUGUAGAGAUCAAAGCCCCCUUUGGUACUGCUCAGAUUAUUUUUUUACUGGAAAUGACCACAUCAUUGGUUUUAUGGUGCUUCUUAGUCUACUUUCACACUCGUCCAAGACUGAUCCACACAAAACGCGAAUGUGAAAGUAGCCUUAGAUUGUCCGAUUUUCUAGUAAAAGUUUGUGAGUAGGACAAAAGGAGUUUGGGCUCUAGUGCUUAUUUAAAGGUCUUCCGAGGUCAGACCGCCAAUGUGAUAUCCAGACGUCUCUGUGACCAACAGAUCAUGGUGACUACAUUUUUCUUGUCAAUGCUGCUGCAUGGACACGUGUGUGUUUGUGUAUAAUGGGACCUGUCAACAUUCCUGACUUGGGUUUUAGUGAAUGUAUUUGUCACCACGUUAAAGCAUAUUUUCAUAGAAUUCUACAUUCUGUUCCUCCUUUAUUCAUCCUGGAAAUCUGCCUAAAGUGAGAACUAGUUAUCGGUCAUGGGCGUGUCCCUACAGUCUGGUGGUGAAAGUCAGGCUGUGUAGAUGCACACCCGUUUGACGAUGAGAAGGGUAGCAUCCUGUUGUCAGCUUAUUUACAAAUUUACAGGAAGAAUAACCGAGGAACGGCACAAUUCAAAGAAUUAUUUUUUUUCACUGUAAAAAGUAACUAUUAAUAUUUCACAGUGGUGUAUCAAAGGUUUUGAUUGCUGAGGUUCUGAGUGCAGAGACCCCCUGCCGAUCACUAAAACGAGGAUGAAAUCAUUGGGGGAGAUUUGUUAAGUGGUGCAAAGGAAAACUGGCUUAGUUUCCACCUUUCGUUUUCCGUGGCUCCUUGGGACAAAGAAUUAAGCCGAUUGGUUGCACUGGGCAACUGAGCAGUUUUCCUUUGCACCACUUUUUAUAAAUCCCCCUCGUCCCCAUUGAGCGCUGUAUUGUCUUCAGCAUGGAGAGGCCGCGCUCCAUGGGAUUCUUACUUCUUGUUUUAGUGAUUGCUGGGGGUCUAAGCGAUGAGACCUCAACCAAUCAAACUUGAUAUUUCUCUUUUAUAUAAACUUUAGAUGACUGAAAUAGCUGUCUGAAGGAGUGGCAGGUCCCAUCUCUGUAUCAGUAUUUCUGUGUGCAAAAAUAACGAAGUGUCACAACAUUUAGUAUAACGCUAAAUUAGCCCUGGUUAUUAAACUGCGGAGCAGCGCUCCUCGCCUGCAGAAUGGCAGCUCCACGUGUGAGGACACGGCUACACUUUUAUUUAUGUCUUGUGGGGUCUCCAGAAUUACAACACAAGGCGAUGUCUUUAUGGACAGCCCUAUCUUUAUUUUAUGGGGCGUUUGGGGGCUUUUUUUUUUUUUUUAUUGGCUUUUAUUCUACUUUUGUAGUAGGAAAUGUAAAAUAUUCCUGUAAAUAGCUACACAUUUUUAGUAUUAAGGCAUUAAAGGAAAGUUAAGUAAUACAUUCUUCUGUCUUUCUGUAUUUUUCUCUCAUUGCAAAAAAAAAGUGGAAAUGUAAAAUCUGCUUAUAUCCCCUCAUGAUCCUUGGUGUCGUUUUAUAGCCUUAUUUUACAGUAAUUCUUUGUAGUGUGCCGAUUGUUCAGUUCAUCUUUGUUAUAAUUCAUGGAUAUGUUUUUGUGACUGUUUAGUAUCAUGGCUGCGCUUGGCAUUGGUUCUUCCAGCCAACCCCUCUAAGCAAUUACCUCUGUGAUUAGCUUAGAACGGGGAUGCUCAACCUGCAGCCCUCCAACUGUUGUAAAACUACUGCUCCCACCAUGCCCUGCUGUAGGCUGUUCAGGCAUGCUGGCAGUUGUAGUUUUGCAACAGCUGGAGAGCCGCAGGUUGAGCUUGCCUGACUUAGAUGGUACUAUCUGUGGUGACCUGUGGUUAUUGCCUCUUCAUUGCAGGGGAAAUUAAGCACCAUGCAACCUCUAAUUGAAAUCGGUGGACAUUGGCGAAAUACACUGAUUCCAGUAGUUCUCCCGAGGUUAUUGGCUAAUGCAGGUGGCCUUAAUGGGAAUAGGUUGUCCAAGCAGUAUAUCCAUAUUAAAAGGGUUGUCUAACCAGAGGCGGCCCCUUUCGUAAUGCAGCAAUAAUCCACUCGGUGCCUGUCCUGCUCCAGCCAGGAAUUUGCCAGUGGAGAGGAAUGGCCGCUAUGUGAAUGAGAGCUGAUCAUAGAGCAGCUUUGCCUCCUGGAUCAUAGAAUGGGGGUGGAAACCCUAUAUAUGCCCUAAUUAGGGACCUAUAGACAGGAGUUAUGUUCAUGAGGCAAUGGCCUUAAAUUUUUCUUCCUUCAACCAUGACCUUGAAUAGACCAGAGCUCAGCACCCUUCAGCUGCUGUGAAACUACAGCUCCCAGCGUACGCACCUGCUCAUCUGUACUUGUAACUCCUAUAGAAGUGAAUGGAACAUUGUGGGAAUUGUCGUUUCACAAUGGCUGCAGUGCUGAUCCCUGGAAUAGAGAAAUCUCCUUUCUCUUAGCACUCAGCAUUGCACAGUCCUUCAGUUAUUCCUCCUAGAGAUGUUUAAAGAAGGCUGGUACUAUAGGCACAAGUAUCCUGUGAACACAUUGCUGUGUGGCACUUCCUCUGUCGCAGUUAAUGUAAGUGAAUGGGGUCAUAUUGCUCCCCACCCGAAGUUGCAAAAAAUUCAGCAAAGUCACGGCAACUUCAUGUUACAAACACUGCCUCACUUUAGUUACCUGGGGUGAGGCCGUGCUACAGGGCAGGCCCCAGGCUAGGCUGACAGCUGUGCAGAGAAAUGGUAAUAUCCAGUUAUCUAUUACUACAUUUGCAGGAGGGAUAACAGAGGAAUUGCACAAACAGAGUUAGACAUCUGUCAGCAGAUUUGUCCCUAUGACACUGGUUGACCUGUUACAUGUGCGCUAGGCAGUUGAAG